CUCUGUGUCGCGUUGUGGGGAGUGCGCGGCUGAUAAGCAAGACACUGGGGGUAAAUGUUAACCAUUAUAUAAUUUUUUUUUUUAAACUGAGGUGCUUAUUUGGGUAAAGAGCACGCUUCCGGUCGGUGCAAAGGAACGGCCGGCUAAAAAGAACUGGGUUUGUUGUUGGCGGCGGCGGAGGAGGCCAACACCGGGUGACUGGAUCAACUCCCGAGAAACCGGAACCACCGGAACUGGGGACGCCGAACAGACGGCAUUUGAAGUGUGGUUGUAAAGGCUGAAUCAUGGCGACUCAAGCGGACCUUAUGGAACUAGAUAUGGCGAUGGAGCCAGACCGGAAGGCAGCAGUCAGUCACUGGCAGCAGCAGUCUUAUCUGGAUUCUGGUAUCCACUCUGGAGCCACCACCACAGCACCAUCACUGAGUGGAAAAGGGAAUCCCGAGGAUGAAGAUGUAGAUACUAACCAAGUACUUUAUGAAUGGGAACAGGGAUUCUCUCAGUCCUUUACCCAGGAUCAAGUAGCAGAUAUCGAUGGUCAGUUUGCCAUGACCAGAGCCCAGAGAGUACGUGCUGCCAUGUUCCCAGAAACAUUGGAUGAAGGCAUGCAAAUUCCAUCCACGCAGUUUGACUCUGCUCAUCCUACAAAUGUGCAACGUCUGGCAGAGCCAUCCCAGAUGCUGAAACAUGCCGUGGUGAACUUGAUAAAUUACCAGGACGAUGCUGAACUGGCAACGCGUGCUAUCCCUGAACUAACAAAGCUGCUUAAUGACGAGGACCAGGUGGUGGUUAACAAGGCAGCAGUUAUGGUUCAUCAGCUGUCAAAGAAAGAAGCCUCCCGCCAUGCUAUCAUGCGUUCUCCCCAGAUGGUAUCUGCAAUUGUUCGCACGAUGCAGAACACCAAUGAUGUUGAAACAGCCCGGUGUACCGCUGGAACGCUCCACAACCUCUCUCACCACAGGGAGGGCUUGUUGGCAAUCUUUAAAUCUGGAGGCAUUCCUGCACUCGUUAAAAUGCUUGGGUCCCCCGUUGACUCUGUACUUUUCUAUGCCAUCACCACACUGCACAAUCUCUUACUGCAUCAAGAAGGAGCGAAAAUGGCUGUGCGUCUGGCAGGAGGACUGCAGAAAAUGGUUGCUCUGCUUAACAAGACAAAUGUCAAAUUUUUGGCAAUUACUACAGACUGUCUCCAAAUAUUGGCCUAUGGCAACCAAGAAAGCAAGUUGAUCAUUCUUGCCAGUGGUGGCCCUCAGGCCUUGGUGACAAUUAUGAGAACAUACAGCUAUGAAAAACUUCUGUGGACCACAAGCCGUGUGCUUAAAGUGCUAUCUGUGUGCUCUAGCAAUAAACCUGCUAUUGUGGAAGCUGGUGGCAUGCAAGCCCUGGGCCUGCACCUAACUGACCAAAGCCAGCGUCUGGUUCAGAACUGUCUUUGGACCUUGAGAAACCUUUCAGAUGCAGCAACUAAACAGGAGGGAAUGGAAGGUCUUCUGGGAACGCUUGUUCAGCUUCUUGGAUCGGAUGAUAUUAAUGUUGUAACAUGUGCUGCUGGCAUACUGUCCAACCUUACUUGCAACAACUACAAGAACAAGAUGAUGGUUUGUCAAGUGGGUGGAAUUGAAGCGCUGGUGCGCACUGUUCUCCGUGCCGGGGAUAGAGAGGAUAUAACUGAACCUGCAAUAUGUGCGCUCCGUCACCUUACCAGCAGGCACCAGGAAGCAGAGAUGGCUCAGAAUGCAGUGAGACUCCAUUAUGGACUCCCAGUGGUGGUUAAACUGCUGCAUCCUCCAUCACACUGGCCUCUGAUUAAGGCUACAGUAGGCUUAAUCCGGAACCUUGCCCUAUGUCCAGCUAAUCAUGCUCCUCUCCGUGAGCAAGGUGCCAUUCCAAGGCUGGUUCAGCUGCUGGUUCGUGCGCACCAGGACACCCAGCGCCGCACAUCUAUGGGUGGAACACAACAGCAGUUUGUGGAAGGAGUUCGUAUGGAAGAAAUUGUCGAAGGUUGCACAGGAGCCCUUCACAUUUUGGCUCGUGAUGUUCACAAUAGAAUUGUAAUUAGGGGUCUCAAUACUAUUCCUUUGUUUGUACAGUUGUUGUAUUCACCCAUUGAGAACAUCCAGAGGGUAGCAGCUGGGGUGCUCUGUGAACUUGCCCAAGAUAAAGAGGCAGCAGAAGCUAUUGAGGCUGAGGGUGCGACUGCCCCCCUCACUGAACUGUUGCACUCAAGAAACGAGGGUGUUGCAACUUAUGCAGCUGCUGUGCUAUUCCGUAUGUCUGAGGACAAGCCACAGGACUACAAGAAGCGUCUGUCAGUUGAGCUUACUAGCUCUCUAUUCAGAACUGAACCAAUGCCAUGGAAUGAGGCUGGGGAUCUGGGCCUUGACAUUGCUCAGGGUGAACCACUUGGAUAUAGACAGGAUGAUCCCAGCUACCGUGCUUUCCAUACUGGAGGCUACGGCCAAGAUGCUAUGGGUAUGGACUCAAUGAUGGAUCAUGACAUGGGAGGUCACCACCCAGGAGCAGAUUACCCAGUUGAUGGACUUCCUGACUUGGGCCAUGCUCAGGAUCUUAUGGAUGGCUUGCCCCCAGGUGACAGCAAUCAGCUGGCCUGGUUUGACACCGACCUGUAAAUAACCCAUACUUUUUGUUAUCGUCUGAAUGAAUACGCAUUGUGAUUGGCCUGUAGAGUUGCUGAGAGGGCUCGAGGGGUGGGCUGGUAAUCUCAGAAAGUGCCUGACACACUAACCAAGCUGAGUUUCCUAUGGGAACAACGGAAGCUAACUUUAUGUUCUGGUCCUUUUUUUUUUAUUUUGGUCAGAGGAACAAUACCAAUGGAUUUUUGGAAGUGACUCUUACAUCAAGAAUGCACAAGAAUAGUUUGCAAGCUGGAACUUAUUGGAAACACUAGCCUUGCUUGUUUAAUUUUUUUUAUUUUCAUUUUUUAUCUGUAAUGGUACUGACCUAGCUUGCUUUCUCCUAGUAUUUUAGAUUUUUUUUCCUUUCUGCGGUAACCUUAAGUCUCUGUAGUGUUAGUGCAUAAUGCUAAAAUGGUUUCUAAUUUUUAAGGAUCAAGUAAGUGUAGAACACUAAUUCAUAAUCACUCUAAAUGUAUCCUGAAUAAAGUGGAGCAUUGUGUAGCCUUUUUGUAUAAAACAUAGACAAAUAGAAAUGGUCCAAAUAGUUUUCUUUUUAAUAUGCUUAAAAUAAGCAGGUGGAUCGACUUUUGAUCAAAGCUUUUAUCUGGGAUGUGUCUGGUUAGGGGCCAGUAAGAACUUAUUUGGAACCUGUAAUGGACAGUUACCAGUUGCCUUUUAUCCCAAAGUUUUAAGUUCUCUGAUGCCACAGAUGCAUAAUGAGAAAUUGGAUUAUAAAAUGGCUCAGAAGAAUUAAAGUGGACUUUUAAUGCAUUCUGCUGUGUCAAGUUAUUUUAAUCAAGUCCAUGUGAAAUGGGUUUCUGUGGUCCUAUGGAACGAACUUAAUGUUUGUAAAUGUAAUGAACAAAGUAAACUUAUUUUUUAAACUCA